AUGGCCUGGAUCAGCAAUAUCUCCUGGUUUAAUCACUUCACUCUACAUGAAGAACGUUUCAGGAGGUACCUAAACAGCACUGAGGAUUACUUAGCCUUCCUAUGUGGGCCCAGACGGAGCCAUCUGUUCUUGCCCAUGGCUUUGGUGUACACCCUGAUCUUUGUUGUUGGAGUGGUAGGUAACUUCUUAGUUUGCCUGGUAAUCCUCAAGCACCGGAACAUGAAGACUCCAACCAAUUACUAUCUCUUCAGCCUCGCUGUCUCAGACCUGCUCGUGCUGCUUUUUGGGAUGCCACUGGAAGUCUACGAGAUGUGGAGUAACUACCCCUUCUUGUUUGGGCCCAUUGGCUGCUAUUUCAAGACGGCACUCUUUGAGACGGUGUGUUUUGCCUCCAUCCUCAAUGUGACCACAGUCAGCGUGGAGAGAUACAUUGCCAUCCUCCACCCUUUUCGUGCCAAGCUGGAGAGCACUCGCAAGCGUGCCCUGAGGACCAUCGUGGUGCUCUGGGUCCUGUCCAUUCUCUUCGCCCUCCCCAACACAGGCACCCACGGCAUCAUGCUGCAGUAUUUCCCCAAUGGCACCUUGGUCCCUGGCUCUGCUACCUGCACCGUAGUCAUGCCCAUGUGGAUCUACAACUGUAUUGUACAGAUUACUUCCUUUCUCUUCUAUGUGCUGCCUAUGGGGGUAAUAAGUGUGCUGUACUAUCUGAUGGGGCUAAGA